AUGUCUACUCUUGCGAACCCCAUCCUCAUUGUCGGCGCUGGUCCAGCUGGCCUCGUAGCGGCCUUGGCUCUCCUUCGGAACGGCAUACCUGUCCGAAUCAUCGAGAAGGAGACCAGUUAUCGUGCAGGACAACGUGGUCCCGGCAUCUCACCUCGAACCCUUGAAGUAUUCAACUUCCUCUGCGUGCCUGAGAUCAACGCCGCAGCGACGCGGACGCUCCCUAUCCGCGCGUUCAAGCCCGGUACAAUGGAACCACUGCGUACAAUCACUUUGACUGCCCCGAUUGAGGCUAGCACUGCAUGUCCCUUUACCGAGACAAAGAUGCUCGGCCAGCCUAUCCUAGAACGAAUCCUUCGCGCUCAUAUUAGGGCCGCAGGUGGCAAUAUCGAGCUAGGCUCCACGCUUACGGCGCUCGAACAACAUGAAGACAAAGUCAUUGCUAGAGUCUCCAAGACCUUCGGGGGCGAGACUAUCGAGGAGACCAUCGAAACCACAUGGGUUGUUGGUGCCGACGGCGCUAAAGGCAUCGUGCGUAAGCAAUUCGGCCUCAGCUUUCUCGGAGAAACACACGAGGAUAUCCGAAAGCUGAUCGCUGACGUUCGGCUGACUUGUCCCGGAAUCGACAGAGAUGUCAUGUCAUACUUUGGCGAUUCGUUGAACGGCAUAGGCCUUCGUCCGACGGAUAACAUCGCGCCAGACGGCUAUCAGAUCAUUCUCAAUGGUGACGGAUCCGACUUCCAAGCUCUCGUGCACGAUCAUGCGGCACUCUGCGAGAAGAUACAGUCUUUCGUCCCUAAAAAGAUUACGUUCCACAAGACACGCCGAGCUACGCUCCGUAGGGCUAACAUCAGGAUGACGGAUACAUUUCGCAAGGGAAGGUGUUUCGUCGUUGGGGAUGCUGGACACGUUCACUCUCCCUCUGGUGGUCAGGGCUUAAACACAAGCGUCCAAGAUGCCUUCAACCUCGCGUGGAAGCUCGCCCUCGUUCACAACAACCUCGCCCUGCCUAGCCUGCUGGAUACGUACACCACCGAGCGCCUCCCCGUCGUCGCGCAGAUGCUCGGGCUCUCCACGAGCCUCUUGCAAGGGCAGAGAACACAACAGGCCACCGAAACGGGGGCAAACACGAAGGCGUGGGAGCGCGGGGAGCAUAUGCACCAGCUCAGGAUCAACUAUCGGUAUAGCCCCGUUGUGCUGGAUGAGGUCAAUGCGUCUAGUGAGGAUGUGGACCCUUAUGGGGUGAAGACUGACGGGCGUGUUGUCGCUGGAGAUCGCGCGCCGGAUGCUACAGGGAUUCAGAUAAUCGGUGCUAACUCGAACGAGAAGACGACGACGCUGUUCGAGCUGUUCAAGCCCACUCACCACACCGCUCUCAUCUUUGCUCGUGAUGUCAGUUCCGCGUCUCAUCUCGUUGAGACGUUGAGUGCGUAUGACCCACGUAUUCUGCGCACGUUCGUCGUCCUCCCCGCCGGAUCCUUAGCGAUGAACACAGCUGCCGGUCGUGCAGGUAUGGCUGAGGUCCCCACGAUUUUGGACAGAGAUGAGCAUGCGCAUCAUGCAUACCAAGUGCCCAACGGUGAUGUGGCGAAGGCGAUAGUGGUGAGGCCUGACGGUGUCGUAGGCGGUGUUCUUGAGUCGGCCAAGGGUGUUGGGCGGUACUUCUCAGGACUUGGCAUUGUGGCUUGAUCGAUUCGAGAAGUUGAUGGAGCACACCGGUGUGCUCAGAGGAACAUAUGCUCGUUGUACAUAGAGAUUCCAUUACAAUCAUCUCAACUCAAACUUGGAAUAUCACUCGCCUUCUAUCAUUGAG